AUGACAGGUACAGUGUCGACAGCUGUUGGCUGUGCUGUGGGGAUACCCGUUGGCGUGGGUGUUAUAGUCGCGUGUCUUUUCUGGAUCAGAAUGCAAAGGCGACUCAAGGAGGAGGAUAUAAUAGACCAGGAGUUGAACAGAGCUGUCUACGACGAGAGUGGGUUUGUCAGCUUCAAUAAUAUUGAUACAUUAAAGGCCGAACCUAACGGACAUCCUAGCUCUGAGGAUACUAAUGAAGUAAUGCAUAGCAGUGACAUUGAUGACAAUGGAGAUGAUGACGAUGAGGACCACAAUGCAAGAAGGAACAACACAUAUGCAGCACAGGAUAAGAAUAACGGAAAAUACGUGCCCGCAUAUAGAAGACAGAUAAAUAAACACAAUAGCAUAUUACAACAGCAGCGCAAGAGUCGAAAUUUAGUGAACACCAUGGGACACAGUAUAGAAUCUUUAUCAAUGGAUGAUCACAGCCAAGCAAAUGGGAAAUCAAGACAAGUGAGCGUAUAUGACCAAAUGGUUCCAGUUUUGGAUGAUGCUAAUAGAGACUCUAGCUCUCCAUUCCCUACUAAUGACAAAGAUACAAGUGAUAAAAAAUCUAACUUAUUUCAAUCUCAUGAUGUCAGUGCUAAUACAUCUACUUCUUUCUUUGAAACAAGAAGUAACGAUAACCUCAUUAAAAAUUUAAAUAGCCACGAUUUUGGCUCAUAUUAUCCUAGAAGGCCGUCGACAUCAAACCUCAACCAUUCACAGGGAUCAUUGCAUACUAGAAACUCUUCUAUGCUAUCCCUUGGUAAGAUAGAAAAUGCAGAGAAUGUUUUCGCAACGCCCAAAAGUGAAAAUAUACUAAAACAUCCUCAUCCUUUGGAACAUGAGAGUUCAUCGAUAUCGAACGAAACUAACAACGUAACAGACAACACAAUCGACGGUGAAAGUGCGUCCAAAUCUUCCAAAACAUACCAACUAAAGAACAAUUAUGAUAUUCAGAACACCAGUGAAAUCGCAGAGGAGGAUCAAUAUGAAAAUGAGUUCACGAACUACUCAGAAAACAAAAGAGCCUAUAUUGAUGGUCUGAGACCUAAGAUGUAA